CAGCAACGUAAAAAAAUGGUUUGCAGUUAAGGAAAGUGUGACCUUCGCCGUUAAUUCGCGGGCUAUAACAAAUUAACCCACUAAGACUGUAUAAAAUACUUUGGAAAUUGCAAGAAUAUGUAGUGAAUUCUUUUUCGUCUAUCAUGGUUUUUUAUUUGCUUCGCUAAGGAAGAGAAGUGAUAAAUAAAGUGAAAGAGAAACAAAUAUGUGAACGACAGUAUGUGAAUGGUGUGUAGCUUAAUAAGAAUGUAAAUGUGAAAAGAGAACAAAGAAGGAACGUGUGCAAUUAGUGUGUUCAAGAAAGGAGAAAGGUGAAGCACGCGAGGUACAUCGAGUCAAUCUGUGGGAAGUCAACUUCGAAAAUCCCAACUGCGCUGCUCUUAACUCGACAUUGUGUAAAGCUCUUUUUUGAGCUUGUGCGCAUGGGGGAAUGAGCAGAGUUGCAUUUGGAUAUGGGGGAUUUUAUGUAUCUCUAUUAGGGCUUUGGCCGGCGUUUUAAAUAUGCUAUAGAAACCAGCAGCAAUUUAUACGAUAUAAAGCAAAACAUGAAUUUAUUUUUAAAUUUUAAACAGACGCCGAAUAAUGGAUUUGUUACUAGAAUUUCGUGUUUGCUCCGUUAGCAGUCGUUCCAACGAAUUGCUCCACUGACUUGGAGCAUUGGAGCAACAAGGAGUCAAAUACACGCAAAAUUCAAACAAACUCCACCAUAAAGGUUUAACAUCCUACGGCAAGUUAAACGCUUUUCAAAAAUAAGUUUUACACAUCAAUGAAACCGCCUUCAUGAACAAAUUUGGUAAUGGCAUACAACAAAUCCAAUCGAAGAUAACUUACACUUAUGAUAUCCCAUCGUUUCGAAGCAACUAUAAAACGUAGCGAAGAAAUAAGUAUUUAUGUUCAAACAAAGAGGCCGACUGCACUUUAAUAAACGCCCAAAUAGCAACGGGCUGCAAACAAUAUCCGAAACAGCACCAGCAAAAACUCGGAAAAUUUGGAUAAUAUUGACAGUUCACAAGUCCUUUAACAAAAGACACCGUGACGGUCACGGCGAAGUUAAAGGAGUCCGAAAGGAUUUGUGGUGCCGCUUCAAGUGGCAUCAAUAUUAAUAAGUUUAAGCUUAAGAUGGCAAAUACGCUUUCCGUCAUGACGAACGUUUUACGGAAUGUUGUCAGCAAGCAGCGUAUACGCUAUAAGGAGAAUGGAUAUAAUUUAGACUUGGCCUAUAUAUGCGACAAUAUAAUUGCAAUGGGUUAUCCGGCAGACAAUAUAGAGAGUAUAUUUCGAAAUCGUUUGGAAGAUGUUUACAAAUUUCUCCAGGAAAUUCACCAGAACCAUUAUAAAAUUUACAAUCUCUGCCUUGAGCGUAGCUAUGAUAGCAAUAAAUUUCAUGGAAGAGUUGCUGUUUAUCCAUUUGAGGACCAUAACCCACCAACGAUAGAAUUAAUACAAAGAUUUUGUACGGAUGUCGAUACUUGGCUAAAAGCAGAUAGUCAAAAUGUCGCUGCCGUACACUGUAAAGCAGGCAAAGGCAGAACUGGUACAAUGAUUUGUUGUUAUCUACUGUAUAGUGGACAGCAGGCAACUGCCGAAGAUGCUUUAGAAUGUUACGCUGAAAAACGCACAAAGGAUCGCAAAGGUGUAACCAUUCCAUCGCAAAGGCGGUAUGUUCAGUAUUUCGCAAAAUUAAUACGAUCCGGAGUACCAUAUGAAAAGCGUAUUCUGCAGUUUUGUGAAAUUCGUUUUACUGAGGCUAAUUUGUUGCAUAGUCAUGGCACAGUGCACUGCUCAAUUUCCGUGCUGGAAGAUAAUGGAUGUUCCGUUAAAGUAAUGCCUUUGCUGGGGUUGCCCAUUGAUUUUCGGAAAAGUUACACAUUGGACCUUAAAAAUCAUUCACUAUGUGUGGCCGGUGACAUAAAAGUGGAACUAACACAUAAGAAGAAAUUAUUUCAUUUCUGGUUCAAUACAUAUUUUGUUCGUGAUGAUGCCGUCAUUGAAGAAGAAGGUGAAGAAGCAAAACUGGUGUACACACUUAACAAAUGCGAAAUCGAUGAUGCACACAAAGACAAAGAGCACAAAUGCUUUUCUGAAGGUUUUAAGGUGCAACUUGUAUUCUUUGCGGAAAAUUCAAUGCGACCUGGUCUGCAAGCCAAUGUUAGCAGCAUCGCCAGCCAAAUUAGCAAUAAUCAAAGAAAGUCUCAAAAUGCGCGGCUAUCACAUCAAUACAGUGGUGGGGGAGGCGACAGUAGCAGCAGCAGUAAUUAUCAACUGCCACAGAACAGCAGCAGUGGCAGUGAUCUGAAUUAUAUUUGUGAUCAAAAGUCCUCCUCUUCAGCGUCUGCGUCGGUUAGCAGUUUGGGUGGCCCACUGGCUGGUGGUGUUGGCAGUGGCAGCAUUGGCGAUACGAGUUUGGGCGAUACAGCAAAUACAGAUUUUUCACGUAUUAAUGUAAGCUCUGCCGGUUCACAAUUUAUUCAACAUCCGCAUCAACAGCAACAAAACCAACGGAUUUCUGUUGGCAAUAUGCAACAACGCAUCACUGUGAAAAACAUGAGCGGCGGUGGUUGCGAUGGUUACGAUUGUGAUGAAGGCACUCUGCCAUUUGGUCGAAUCAGCGCUGCUGCAUCAACAGCUGCUUAUGCGUUACACCCACACCAACAACAUUCACAUCAACAACACACAUAUGUGAAUUUGGAAAAUAUACUGUCCACUGCGGAUAAACAACAUUUGCAACUAAUGCAGCAACAUCAGCUGAAGCCGUUGACAACACCAAAUCAUGCAACGGCUUCGGCUGCGGCAGUGCCGGCAACAGCAACCAACUCAUUUAUGUUGGCAACGGCAAUUCAACAACAGAAUAGUAUGAAAUUUGUAGCGUCAUCUUCGGUGUCAGGGUUGCCAGAAUAUACUGGAAAGAAUAUGCUGCAGCACAAGGCAGCGUUAGAAAUGGGUAGCAACACCAAUAACAGCGGUAGUAGCAGGCAAUUAGAUGGAGAAAUUACAACAAUAACGCAAAGAAAUGGUACGGUUUGCAGCAGCGGUGGUGCAGCAAACGGUUGCAUUAGUGGCAACAGUAGCAAAAGCAGCAUUAGCAGCCAAUCAUCGUCUUCUGCGUCAACAACUUCGUCCUCAUCAUCGGCACCGACGUCUGCCGGUGAUCAAGAUUGCGAAGAAGAAGACUGGGAGUCUGCUACCAACAUAAGCCACAUCAGUAGCCAACGUAAAGUAUAUACCACUGGAACAGUAGGUGAUGUUGCUAAUAAAGAUCCAGAAGGCGUAUACAACAACACAAACGAAAGUUGCGAUUCUAAAGGCGGCGGCACAGAGGCGUUAGCAGUUCGACAAACUAUGGAUAUACGUAUGAAUACUGGCUAUGCGAAUAAGCAUUACAACAAUGGCUCCAACGAUGACCACCAAUCGGCGGAUGUCAAACACAACUCAAUACAAAGCUUAUCACCGGACGCCGAUUAUCAACUGAUCGAGGAGGAUGAUACAAACAGCGAUGGCGUUGAUAUUGGCGUGGGUAUUGGAGUAUGCGGUAACGAUGGCAACCCUGAGUACGAUUCCAUUUUGCUUAUGCGAUGUCAGCCCACUACUGCCAUUGGCUUGAAAACAAAGCUGCUGCACCCAAAUGCGGCUAGUAGUAUAGGUGUGAAAAAUUCACGCCCGCGUCGGGAAACCACUUAAGUCAGCUGUCUCUAGGCGACAAGAAACUACGAACUUCGCAUCGGCAAACAAACAGGAUGCGCACUGGCAAUUGCAAAUUGCGAAUGCCUUAGAAUGCAAAAGAUUUGUUUGUGACUGAAUGAACGCGCUGAUAAAAAUGAGGUGAAAAAAGUGAAUGCAGGCAGAAAGUUAAACAGUCACUUAUACACAUUGGGGCACAUGUAGGGAAACGCGCGCCAGCCAAUCAACAGUUGCAUUUGUGUACAUUUAAACUAUAAACAUAACAAAUACAAAUCCAUAUAAAAAAGGAAAAACACAAAUAUUAUAAACACAAACUCAUACGAGCGCUAGAAUUUCUAUUAAAAGCAAGGGUAAAAGUUUAGGCUCGUUAUUAAAAAAAAGAAGAGAGUUUAAAGUCAGACAUUAGUGAUUAAAUAAAGAAGGAAAGAGUAUUUAUGUAUAUGUAUGUAUAAGUAAACGCUUUAUGUAUGUAUUUGUACUAUAUGAGAAAUGGAAAGACAUGCUUGCAAAUAAACAUAUUGACCAUCCUGUGUGAGCCGAAUAUACAUACAUAUAUUAAAUCAGCAAGAAGAAGUGAUGAAAAAGAAACAAAGCAGAGGCCGCCUCUCAAUAAAAUUGGAAAACUAAACUAGAACCAAAAAAAAGAAAACAUUUGAAAUGUUAAUGAGCAGUAAAUGUGAUGCGCAUAAAUCGAAAUCGUAGUAUACAUAUGUAUAUUUGAAAAAAAAAAAUGAAUGCAUGUUUUGAAAAUGUGAAUGUUACUACUUAGUACUAUUAGCGUAAAAAAUGCAGCAUAUAAGGCAGGAGGCAGCAACAGGCAAAAAGCACCAAAAUGAGCUGCAACAGUUAAAAAUGUUGAUCGGUGAGAAAAUGCAGCACGAUUUUAUAUAUAUACAUAUAUGUAUAUAAAUACAAGAAGUAUAAAGUAUGUAAUUAGGAGAAGUUUGCAACGUAACCGUCUUUUCAUGAGAAACAAACAAACAAAAAGAAAAACAAACACACACAAUUACAAAAAGUGAAACUGAUAAACAGGCAGCAUUCGAAAUUGAGACAAAAACUAGGUGAUGCAAAUUGAUAUUUAGUUGUUAAGAUUUCAUAAAGCGUACAAUAAAGAUAUUUAAAUUCAUAUGUAUAUGUACAUAUAUAUAUGCACAAGUAUGUAUGUAUCGAUAUGAAAAAACACAAAUGCGUAUACGUACAUACAUAAGUAUAAACACACACAUAAUAUAUGUACAUGCCCACACAACGCAUCGUAAGUGAGUUCAAAAUUUCUCAUUCAUAAAUAGAUAAUGAUAGAAAAAAUAUAAAUUCGCAAUUACCCUGCAGAAAAUCCCAUUAAGAUUUAAUUAGAGGUGCCAUAAGAAUAACUACAUAAAUCUGCUGAUCGAACCAACAUACGGGCAACACUGUAAUAGAUUAGAGGUAACAUGUCAUAACCGUAACACGGUAGUCAUAACCGUAACCAAGGCGAAUCUAUUCAUCCGCUUUACUGAUAUUUCUAAAUUAAAAGCGAGUUGAAGAACAAGCAAUUAACUACUCUAAUCGCACCACCUUCUAUAGAUACGCCUUGACCUAACCGUAACCGUACAGACCACUUGAAUGUUAGUUUUUCGCCGUAACUAUAAACAGCUGAUUGUUGAUUUGCUGCAUUGUGGUACAAUAAUAAAUAAAUUACUAAUUUCCUCGUCACUGCUCAUGCUGUUAUCUUUUCCUUAGUUUCUGCACUUCGAAAUGCACAAAGAAAUGAUAAUACAUAUAUGUAAAUAUCAUAUGUUUAUGGCUAUGGCAUUAAUAACAGAUGACAGUAAGUAUCGUUAUGGUUGAAGCUGCAAUUAGUGGUGCCGUACCAGCCAUCCGUAACCAUAGCAACCAGCUGUUUUGAUCUAACAUAUGGACAAAAUUGUAAACGAUUAUAGGUACCGCACCAUAACGCCAUAACCAUAACCGUAGCCGUAUGUACCUAUUGAAUUUUGGUUUUUCCUGCUUACAAUAGCUAUGAAAUAUUUUAUAUUAUAAUAUUUGCGAUAAAUGAGCGACGAAAAAUUAAAUGAUUUAUUGCAAACUUAUCCGUGUUUUUAUGACAAAAUGCAAAUGUUGUCAUUAAUUCAUCUUUGAUCUUGAAAACUGUUUAUAGUCACGGCAUGACUAAUCGACAAAUGCUGUAAUGUUGCAAGUGUGGUUGUGGUUACGGCUAUGGCGUUAUGGCUACGGCACCACUAAUUGCAACUUAAUUUAACCUUUUUUAGUCUUGAACUAUUGUGAAUUUAGAGCCAUGCAUAGCUAACUGUCCUUUCUUUCCCAUAGAAGCCAGCGGUGUAUUUUAGAGUGAUGCUCUUGGAAUGGGGGUUUGGGGUUUUGAAAGCUAAGACAUUACUAAAUACAUCAGUUGAGAUCUAGUACAUUUUGUAAUUUUUUCUAAAAUUUUUUGAACCAGUAUUACAAUCGACAAAUUAAAUUUUUGAGAAAAAGGCAAAUUAGCUCACGUUGAUGCUGCGGCCGCGGUAGCCGAAUGGGUUGGUGCGUGAUUACCAUUCGGAAUUCAUAUAGAGGUCGUUGGUUCGAAUCUCGGUGAAAGCAAAAUUAAUAAAAACAUUUUUCUAAUAGCGGUCGCCCCUCGGCAGGCAAUGGCAAACCUCCGAGUGUAUUUCUGCCAUGAAAAAGCUCCUCAUAAAAAUAUGUGUCGUUCGGAGUCGGCUUGAAACUGUAGGUCCCUCCAUUUGUGGAACAACAUAAAGACGCACACCACAAAUAGGAGGAGGAGCUCGGCCAAACACCUAACAGAAGUGUACGCGCCAAUUAUUUAUUUUAUUUCUUUAUGCUGCUUUCAUAAUAGUCGAAGGGGUAAUUAAUAAACUGUUUGGGUUCUAGUUGCCGGCACAAGUAGAAAACAAUCGAAUGAUGCAUGUAUGGAUUUCGUCAACGUUUGUUUGAGUAAAAAAUAUUCAACUGAGCGAAAGAGAAUGAGACGCAAGCCUAGAUAUUCAAUAACAUAAAGUUUAAUUAAACACGCUGUAUAUUUCUAUAUAUGUAUGUAUCUUUUUUUGUAAACUAUUAAUCCUUAUUUUUUUUAUCUAUAAUGUGUCGUAAUACAAUUUUGUAAACACGUGAGCUGCGCUCAUUUAAUACUACUUCGCAACAAGGUGGUUUUAGAAGCAUCGUCCGACCUUCUGAUCUUGCUGUAAUUUCAAAAAUAAUAGAAAUAAUUACAUUUUUAACGCCGAAUGGUUUGUGCGUGACUACCUCUCGAUAGAGGUCUGGUUCGAAACCCACCAUGGAUAUGGUUUCUAAAUGUUAGAAAAGUGUUUUCUAAUAUCAGUCGCCCUUCAACUGGCGAUGGCAAACCUCCGAGUUAGUUUUUGGCCGUGUUUUUAUUAUCUAUUCAAAAGCGAAUGAUCCAAUUAAAAAGCGCAUAAUGCGGUCAAUAUUUUUGGAUGGAGUCGUGUCGCAUGGAGGAUAUGAUGAUCGUCGGUUGCACAAAAUAGGAUAUUUAUUUAUAUAAUAGAGGGAUCGUGUCAGCUUUGUCCAAUUGAUAAACGUGCGUUGUUCCCAUGAUGUUGACUUUUCGAAUGUUUGUUCUCGGGCUCAUCCCAAACGGCUGACUAAUUGACAUUAACGAAGGGCUUUUCGGAGGCAAAGAGAAAACAAUCGUGAAAAGCCUCCUUGCGGGAUUAUCGAGUCACCAAAAUCGAUUUUCAUUGUUUUGUAGGGCAACCAAGCCGGAAUUUCCAUAAUAUUUUAAAAUUUGUUCCAACUGUUUGGAAAGUAUUAAUCGAAAUGGGGUGAAAUGACAAACUAUAAGUAUGCUGAAGGUUUUAAGAGUUCGGUUUCAUCCCUAUCUAUGACAGUUCCUCAGGUAUUCCUAUUGGAAGAGUUAUGAAAACGACGUAGUCACGUAUUUCUGCCACUUAUUCAUUUAACUUAGUAACAUCUCUAAGUACAUACUGUCAGCGCAGUAAUUUCAAUUAUUUUUUAUAAAAAUAUAGUUCAUACUACAACAAGUAUCAUAUAAAGCAAAGUUUCGAGCAUACAAUUUUUACUCAGAAUUUUUAGAAAAUUUUUUGUUAUGUAGUUUUAUAGCUCGUCGAAUUUUGGUAUAAUAAAGUACACGUUUCAAGUGGUUCAAAAGUCGCUCUGAUUUUUGACAGUUUUUUCUACUGAAGGUGUUGUAUUCCAUUUAAAAAAAUGUGAAGUAGGCAUUAAAUAGAGGAAAUGCACAAGACCGCUACCAAAAAGAAUUCUCAAAAAUCUGUGUGAUUUUCUCAGUAAAAAGUUUGAAAUUUUAAUGAAAAUUUUCCGAAUUUUUUUUUUAAUUUUAUACAAAGUGUGAAACUUUGUUUUAUAUGGUUCUUGUUGUAGCAUGAACUGUGUUUUCAUAAAAGAAUAAUUGAAAUUAAAAAGUGUGUAAAUAAAUAGUCCAAACUGGCCAAUAUAUGGUGUACACUUUCUUUUGGCGUUGACUGUAUGUAUAGAGUGCAUAUCUUCAAGUGAUCAUAUAAACAUGAAAGUAAUUAUAGUAUAGUCCAGCAUGGCUCAUUUUUUUUUUUUACAUUGGAUCAAAGUAAAAUUGAGUCAAAGGUAAAAUUUCUGUCAGCGAUAUUAUUAUCAAUGUUUUAUAAUAUAAUUUUCCCAGACUCAUUUUUGUGGAACAUUUCCUUUUUCCGAAAAUAUGUAUCGACAAAUGUCUGUAAGUGCCAAGGCGAAUCUAUUAAUGGUGGUGAAUCAGCUGAGUUGUUUUUUUCUUUCGCCCAUGUGGCUGUCAGCUCAGAAUGAAACAAGACGAAUUCAUUAUUUGUUUUCUAGUUUCUCAAUACUUUGCUUUGACAAUCAAACGUACAGAAUUCUGUUGUUGGUCUAGUGCCACCACCUUUAAUGAAUGCGCCUUGGUGGGUGCUAUCGAAUACCCAAAAACUGUCAAUAUAAGCUUUUACUCGAAUGUUAUAUUCAGUGUAUAUUGAAAAAAAAAAAUAGAAAAAAAAUAAUUUUUGUUUUUCAGUAAACGUGGGGAAAAAAUUGAAUAUUUGAAUUUAUGUAUAAAAAAAAAAAAAAUUGAGUAAUUGAAUUUAUGUACAUUAUGGUGGCACAAACUUUUUUUCUUGUUGCUACCCCUCUAAUUUGUUCUAUAUAUAAAGCUUUCAAUGACAAAAAAUUCGAAAAUUUGACUCGCUGUAAAAAAUCUGAGAAGUGCUGAACUAUAACUUUGAACUUUGUUCUACAAUGAUGCACUUUCAGGCUUAUAUGGUCGUGUUUUUGUUCAAAAGAUCUAAGUUUGUUGUACUUUUUAUUUUCAUUAGGCAUGUUGAAAUUCACGAGUGUACAAUUGUAUGUAUCCAUUAGCUUAGAAGUAAAAAAUAGUCAAUAAAAUACUUCACUUCAAAUUAUAAAAAGUUACGGAUUUCUUCAGUUGAUUAGUUUCAGGCUGUCGCUUCCAAAUGAGUGCAUUUCCAAUGAAAUUACAAAAGUGGCUUAUUCAGUUCAUAUAAUUUUUCACCUUAAUAAAACAACAUUGAUUUCUAUAAACCACAUUAAACAUUCAUUGUAUUUUAAGUCAUCAUCAUCAUCAUCGCAAAUUUAACAUAAAAUAUGCAUUGUUUUUUCUCUAGGGUUAAGAACAAAAUAUAAUUCUGUAGAAAAUCAUAACUGCGCACUUUUGGCAAAACAACUUAAGUCGGCUUAUCACUUUCUAUCUAUUAAUGACUGAAUUUUUUACGUCUUAUAUUGUAUUUAGCAUCCAUUGAAAGUUGAACGAAAAGAAUUCCUGGAAGAACGGAUACGGUAAAAAACGUAUAAAUGAGUACAAUAAAAAAGUGGUUUUACCAAAAGUUCACAGAUAUAUAGGGACGUAUGUACAUAUAAAUUUAAUUUAAUUAAAAGAAUUUGAAUAGAAAAAAAGUUAAUAAAGUAAAAUAAAGUUACAAAUGAAAUUUUCAAUAAAUAUUUUAUAAUUAUUUAUUUUCAUCAAAACUGUUAAUUACUUUCUGAUUUUUAGUUUACUGAUAAGAAACAAAAAUAGUAAUACAAGGUGGCGCAAAAUAAUCACCCUAUAGAUAGAUUUGUAAUUUUUGCAAAUGGCGUCGUGCGUUAAUCAUAUUUGACAUACAAAAGUAUUUUCGUUUUUUAUUUUGUAAAAAAGUUAAAAAAAAAUUAAAUAAAAAUUACUGAACAAAAAAACAGUAUUAAAUAAAGAGUUAUAAAAAAAAUUAUGAAAACGAGACACAAAAAAAAACUUUGAAUUAUUAAUUUUGUGCCACCUUGUUCGAGUAUAGCACAAAAAAUCUCGAUUUGUUCUACAAAAGUGUUUACUCCCUUCUGGAUUAUAUGGUCGCUUUUCUGUUCCUCAAAUACUUUUGGUCAUUUCCAUUAUUAAUUGUUUGUUUUGUUUUUACACAAAAUUUGUCUUUCUUAUAAUUUUAGUGGUAGAACGCGCGCGGUUCCAGAGAUAUUGCGCACAACUUUUCCUUUGAAAUAAAAAUUCGAUAAUUAUUUUUGAACAAAACCAAAAAGCUCGUUAAAAAUACAUAUUAAUUAUAAAAAUAAGAUAAUUAAUAUAUUUGUAACGCAAAAUAUGCACACAAAAAAAAAUCGUUUAGAAUAGGUAUUCAAAACGGCGCUUGAGUGCUACUUGGGAAGGGCCAAAUUGGUACUUGAACCAUUUCACCUAUUUAAUCAAACCUAAAGAUUAUGAAAACAAUUUGAUUUCUUCAUGAAAUACAAAAACAUGGAUUUUUACUCCAUUUGCUGAAGAACCAUUGUUCAGCCUUGCCAAACAAUUCAUUCCCAUAAACAAAAAAACUAACAAAAAUUUCUCAAAUUGUUUUUAUAUUGCUUUGUAAUAUAGGGGAAUGAUUGCUCAUACAGUUUAAAAAAUGAAUUUCAAAAACUUUUUAUUUGUAUUAUCGAAUUGUGACGCACUUCGAGGAUUUAUAUGUACAUACAUACUUCACAUACACAUACAUAAACAUAUAUGUAUAUAUAUUCAUACAUGCUCAUAUUUUUGAUAUUGAGGCAAAUGCAUGCGUGGUUUAAGGUCACACUAAAAAAAUUUAUAUUAUUUACUUUCACACAUGGAUAUACGAGACUUGGUCAUUGAAUAAUCAGACUGACGAUGUAAAACAUUUUAUUUUGAUAUCAUACAUAAUUACUUAUCACACCCAAUAUACACGCCUCCUCUAUCCUUAUAAUGCUCCAAGAGAAUCUUGCGUUGGUCGAAAAAGUGCUGGAAGUCUGCUUUUGUCAGUUCCUUUCGAAUGUAGCAUCAAAGAACUCAAAUCUGGUUCCUUUUAAUGCAGAUUUCACCUUAGAAAACAUUUAGAAACUGCGCCGCUGAAUAUGGUGUAUGGUCUAACACUAGAAUGCCAUACUUGGCUAGAAAUCUCUUGACAAACAUUGCUGCCGGCACGUUGUCUUGGUGGAGAAUGUAUGACUUGUGCUUCCACACUUGAGGUGGUUUUUCUGUAUUCUUUUAGGGAAUUUAGCAAGAAAAAUUCAAGUGAAGGUAUUAAUGCUGACUGAUGAACUCAGUGAAGGCGCAAAAUCCUGUAAGUACCAAUAUUGCAUCCAUUUUUGAGCGCUUCGAACGUAAAUCAUAUUUAGCGUCUGCUCGACCAUCUUUAACUCUAUAAUGCUUGAACUCGGCGAUCAUCAUUGCCAUACACUUCUUUAUAAUUUAUUUAAACAAGUUUUAACUGCGGUUUUUCCGAGUUUCAUGUGAAAUUUCACAACGAUGGCAAAUCAUUUCAGUGGACGAAGGCUAUGACUAUACUAAUUUGUAUAUGACUAUUGAUUUCGUUGUAUAUUCUAAAAAGCAAGGUUCUCGCUAAACCUCUGGCGAUCACUAGCGUUUGGCGCAUGCAUACUUCAUCUAUAGUGGAGUCAGUCAGUAUAUUCACCUCCAGAUUUUGCUUGAGCUCUCGCGCUAUGACUAAAAAAUAGAAAGCUUGGUUGGAUUAUUUCUUAUAUUUCAUCAACAAAACUAACAUACAAUUUUAUGAACUUAAAUGAAAAUAUAAAAUAUUUUGCCGAAGUUGUGCAAGAAGUUUAGAAGUUGUAAUAUAUUCGGAAAAUUCAAAAUACAAGUUUACUCCUCAAAAGUGAUAUUAUCACCUUCAAAGUACUCACUUAUGCCAGCGUUUGAUCCAGCUCUCUAAACAUUUCAGGAGCUCUAUUUUCAAUAUAGCCAUCAGAUCCGUCUUCGAUUUUUCCAUUACUUCCUUUUGGCUGUUAAACGCGUUCCACGAAGUGGGUUUUUGACUCGAUCAAACAGAAAAAAAUCGCAAGGAGCCUUAUCAGGUGAACUCGGUGGCUGUUGAAUGGUAUUCGUUUCGCUCGUUGUUAAAAAUUCACGCAUAAUGAUGGCACUGUGCGCCGGUGCAUUAUCAUGGCGCAAAAUCCACGAGUUGUUUUUCCACAAACCCUCUUUUUUUCUGGCGAAUUGCUUCAGGUAAUCGUCUCCUAGCGUCCAAAUAAUAGUCCUUAUUAACUGUUUAACCUUUUGGAAAAAAUCGUGAUGUACAACACCUUUGUAAUCCGUAAAAACCGUUAGCAUCGCUUUCUUUUUUGACUGAAGACGACGUGGUGUUUUUGGUCUUGGUUCAUUCGGAGCUUUCCACUCACUCGCCUGAUGUCUGGAUUGCGUGUCGUACCCAUAAACCCACGUCUCGUCUCCAGUAAUGAUGCGUUUGAUGAAUGUCGGAUCGGAUUCAGCCUUGGAAAUCAUGUCUUUGGCGAUAUCAACACGGCCCCUUUUUGAAUGAAUUUGCAUGAAUUUCACGUUCUUUGGGGCCAACUUUGCAACAACCCAAAUCAUGAACUAAAAUGUCCUGAAUGGUUCCAUAAGCAAGUCCUCUGCCAGAUCUCUGAUGAUUAAUUUACGGUUAUUGAUAAACUUUUCUUUCCCCUUAUUGAUGUUUUCGACAGUUUUCAAUGUCGACGGACUGCCACUACGUUCGUCAUCCUCGAUGGACUAACGAUCUCUUCUGAAGCAUUUAUGCCACUCGUAAACGGCUGUUUUCUUUAUAGCAUCAUUAUCGAAACAGUUUCCCAAUAUUUCUAAGGUUUUUGCACCAUUUAAUCUAUUUUUAACGCAAACAUUAAUACAAACUCGUUGGAAAUUCGAAUCCAUUUUUAAAUCUGAAAAAUCGAAAACACGUGCAGAAGUAGAUUUAGUCAAGACGGCUUAACUUUUACAAAUGUCAGGCAAUGGCGAUAAAAUUUUGGUAGGAAUGUUAUUACAGAGGUUACAAACAAAGAAACAGAACCCAAAUCAAUCUAAGUCAACUGACGGUUGUCCCGGGAACUUGUUGAUCAAGCUGGUAUAGCGUACAGGUAUAUGGAAGAAAAUGGCGAAGAAAUAGUUCGCAUAAUUUACACAAGUAUACAAGCAUUGAAUUAUUUCUAAUUAUUUAUAUAUAUAUGUACAUACAUACAUACUUGCAUACAUACAUACGUCCUUGGUGGUGGUAAAAACUUUCCUAUUGUCGACUUCUUUUUUGGUACAUUGCAAGUUGCUUUCUACCCUAAUUUUUGUGUGAUUUUUAUUGUUCUUACGAUUUG